AUGGCAGCAAAACAUUACCUCGACCCUUACAAUGCAGCUUUCGCUGAAGCCAUGUCCGGAGAACCUUCGCCUCAUGUCCUCGGCUACGUCAAGGGACAUGAGGCUCUGGAAGGUCUACAGGAGCAAGAGCCAGCAUAUGAUAUCGAUGUAGAGACGUUUCAAGUGCCUUGGGACGACGUGUCAACGAACGUGGUGAUAUUCAGACCCAAGUCGGCACCCAAGCCGUGUCCUAUGGUGUUUUAUAUGCACGGCGGUGGCUGGGUAUUAGGCAGUCCCAAGUCAUUCGCGCCGCUGAUGGAGGACCUGGCACGUCAGUCAGGUGCGGCCAUGGUGUUUCCCGACUAUUCACUUGCCCCUGGGAAGCAGUAUCCGUUCCAGUUCGAGCAACUAUAUGCCGUCCUCGAUCACAUUGCUCGUCAACCGCACAAAUACAACCUUUUAACUGACCAUAUUGUUCUCGCUGGGGACAGCGCUGGAGGGCAUUUCGUCAUUGCACUGAUGCAGAUGUGUCUGGAACGGAAUCUACCGGCCAAGAUUGCGCAGUUGGUGAUAUUCAAUCCGGUCACAGACACACAUAUCAAGAUGGCUUCGUACGAAACCUUCAAAAAUGCGCCGUUUCUGCCCGUCGACACACUGGACUGGAUGAUCGACUCUUUCUUACCCAACAAAAAGGACCGUGAAAAUGCGCUAACCUCUCCCCUGACAUUUGCGUCGGAUCAGGUGUUGGCCAAGUUUCCACCAACAAUCAUCUUUCUUUCAGAGGUCGACCCCCUUGUGGACGAUGGAAGAGCAUUUGGUCACCGACUUCAACAGGCAGGGGUGGACUGUGCCAUCAUCAAGGGGGAAGGCCAGAUGCAUUCGUAUGCUCUUGUCCUCCCCCUGAGGAGUAAACCCACCGCUCGUGCCAUAGUUGAGCUUGCUGCUUUGAAGAUCCGCAAGGCCCUUUUUCCCUCCACAUCAUCGUAG